UACCCCAUUGGAUAGAAUGUAACAUCGUAGUCCCUACAUCUUAUGCUCUUGCAAAUCACAAUAGAACAAGGAGUACACAAUAGAACAAGGAGUUCACAACAAAAUUAAGGUCUUUAAUGAUAAAAUGGCGCGAUUAUUUUAAUGGAGUUCUUCCCAAAAGUAAAUGCUUCUCUCUCUCUCUCUCUCUACUCAAUUUCUUCACUCUGCAACUCCCAUGGCGUUUCGCAGAAACCCUAACAAAAAAUCCAAUUAUCCUCUCCUUAUCUUAACCCUCUCUCUCUCUACUGUGUUCAUCCUCUUCUACAUUAGCUCAUCUCCACUUUCCUCUGAACGAUUAUCAUCCUUUUCCAAUCCUAAAACCUUACAAAAUCUCUUUUUUAUUAAGCAGCCAUUAAUGAGGGAUAAGUUUUACCUGUACUGGGGUAAUAGGAUUGAUUGUCCGGGUAAGCACUGUGAUUCCUGUGAAGGAUUAGGGCACCAAGAAUCAAGUCUGAGAUGCGCUCUUGAAGAGGCCAUUGUUCUUCGAAGGACCUUUGUGAUGCCAUCCAGAAUGUGCAUUAGCCCUGUGCACAAUAAGAAGGGAAUCCUCCAUCAAUCUAAUGAUUCUCAUGUGGAGGAAAUAUGGGCAGCAAAUUUUUGUGCAAUGGACUCUUUGUAUGAUAUGGAACUCAUAUCCAAAACUGUCCCUGUCAUUCUUGACAAUUCAAAAGAGUGGUAUCAGGUGUUAUCAACCAGUAUGAAGUUAGGGGACAGGGGAGUGGCCCAUGUGGAAGGAGUUAGUCGGAUGGAGCUGAAAGAGAAUGGCUUUUAUGCCAAUAAAUUGUUGAUUAACCGUACCGCGAGCCCCCUGUCAUGGUUUGUAGAAUGCAAAGACCGAAAAAAUCAUAGUGCAGUACUGUUGCCAUACUCAUUCCUUCCUUCAAUGGCUGCCAAAAGAUUAAGAGUUGCAGCUGAUCUGGUCAAAGAGAGUCUUGGGGACUAUGAUGCCAUGCAUAUCCGGAGGGGUGACAAGAUAAAGAACAGGAAGGAUCGGUUUGGUGUGGAGAGGACCCUCCAUCCCCACCUCGACAGGGACACCCGCCCUGAAGCCAUUAUGUGUAGGAUCAAGAAGUGGGUCCCACCUGGUCGCACUCUCUUUAUCGCUUCAAAUGAAAGGACCCCCAGUUUCUUCUCUCCUCUCUCUAUGAGGUAUAAACUGGCAUAUUCUUCGAAUUUUAGCAGCCUAUUGGACCAGGUGGUUGCGAACAAUUACGAGUUGUUCAUGGUGGAGAGGCUGAUACUUAUGGGUGCCAAAACAUUUAUCAGAACCUUCGGGGAGGACGAUAACGGCCUCAGCCUCACCGAUGAUCCCAAGAAGAAUACCCGCAACUGGCAGAUCCCUGUUUACUCUUUAGAUGAUGUUUGUCAAACUUGAUGUUCUUUCUUUUUACUCUCAUACUUGUGUAGUAAUUGUAUCAUCCAUUUCCUCUCAUUGUAUUUCACAUUUUUUCCAUGUGGUUUCCUGGUUUGGGAUAUGAUUUUUGAAGGACCAAGGCUGGCAUGAGCUGUUCAAAUGUAAUAUAGAA